AUGCGUUCCGGACUUUUCGCUUUCCUCUUUCUCCCCUCCCGACACAUCUGUGUGACUUCCUGUCUCCGAAAAAAGGAGAUUCGCAUGGUGAAAUCUGGUAAAAUAACCAUGGUCGAAGGAGUUAAAUGCAAAUCGGAGCGCAUCGACCAUCUUUUAAACAUGGAAGGUCUCGGCGACCCCCGCAUCACUGACCCAAUUGUCCGACUUGGUUUGAAACUCAAACACACCGACGUCUUAAUCUUGAGUCAGUUUCUUCGACCUGAUGGUACUAUCCUCCCCAAGGAGGUAUCUGGUCUCACUACAGGAUCUCAGAUGCGCAUCGAGAUGCUGAUUGAGCGCGCGCAAAACGCCGGUCUCCUACCGCAGUCCAUCGACCCCGAUGGGACACAUCACUACAAGGAACGCCCUCGGGACAAAAUGAACGUCUACUAUGAUUCUAGCACCCCAGGACUUCCUAAGUUCUCCAAACUUAUACCCAAAUACAGACCGCCCACUUGA